GCAAAAGGUAGGGGAACAGCUAGCUUUGUUUUUUCAAGUAACAGGGCGCAGGGAACUGCCCCUAAGUCUGAGGCUUGUGAACUGAAGCUGCUGAUUUUACAAGCUGUCUGUGAAAGUUCUGUAUCCAGUAGAUAAAAGGCCCUGAACAUGAAGCAAGGGUCCAACCUUAAAAAAAAAAAUCAAUGAACAAAUCCAGGCUGACAUUGUACACUGCAAACACCCACUUCAGCUCGGAAAGCCCCAUCCUCCAGCCUUGAGAGGCUGGCAAAGCUACUGCUUGCAGCUGUAGCAACACCCCCCAGCUCAGAACUCAGCACAAGAACUCUUAACUUCAGAAGUGCCUAAAAGGAAAGAAAUCCCUUUUAAGGAAGCAUUUCAUGAAAGGCGAGCGCUGCUAUUCUACAUGCCCAUUCCAUUCCCUUGUAGAACCAGAACAAGAGUUUCACGCAUGCAUGUUCUUUUCCUUUCCCUGUGCUUUGCUUGUGCACCAGCUGUUUGCCAAAAAUAAACACCAUUCCACAACCAUAUAUGUGCAACAGCCUUCUGGUGAUUGUAAGCCCCCUCCAGCACUGCCUUUAUUCCACAGGGCUGGGAGACACUCGUUCUUUCUAACACGCUCGGCCAGGCUAUGCAUAUAACCCAGCUGAAUCGAGAAUGCCUUUUACAUUUAUAUUCUUUUCUGGACAAAAACAGUAGGAAAAGUUUAGCAAAAACAUGCCACAAGCUGCUAGAAGUGUUUCGGGAUCCUUUACUGUGGUCUUUGUUGAACUUUCAUUCUCCAGCGGAACUAAAGAAGGAUAAUUUUCUCCUGGGACCUGCUUUAAAAUACUUAUCCAUCUGCUGGUAUUCAGAGAGAGUCAAGGUCUGUAACGUUGAGGACUGGAUGAAAAACGAUUUCCAGAAAGACUUCUGUAACAGGCAUGAAAACGUUGUCAAUGAUUUUUUACUAGAAGUUUGCAACAGAUCUCCAAACCUGCUAUCGCUGACCCUGUCCGGAUGUGGCCACGUUACAGACGAUUGCAUCUUGCUGCUUCUCAAGAACUGCCCAAACCUCAAGACACUCAAACUGGAAAACUGUGUGCGGAUCACUGACCAGACACUGGAAGCAGUGACCCUCUACGGGGGAUCACUGCAAACGCUCCACGUGGAUUUCUGCCGGAACAUAACACAAAGAGGUCUAGAGAGAGUCAGGGAAAAACGUCCUUCAGUAAUGCUGAGAGCAGAGAGAAGUGCUAAUAUGAUUCCAGACAAUAAACCAGAAAAAAAGCUGAUGCUUGAGAAAGCGUCAAGAAAAUUGGUUCAGCUUUAAAUGCAACAAAUUGAAUAAACUCAGUCAAUGUGGGUAUUUUA